AUGUGUGACGUUGUUUUAGGAGCCCAAUGGGGUGACGAAGGAAAAGGAAAAUUAGUCGACUUGUUAUGUGAUGACAUUGAUGUUUGUGCUAGAUGUCAAGGAGGUAACAAUGCCGGACACACUAUUGUUGUCGAUGGCAAGAAGUUCGAUUUCCACAUGUUGCCCAGUGGAUUGGUCAAUCCUAAAUGUGAAAAUGUUAUUGGAUCAGGAGUUGUUGUUCAUGUCCCUUCAUUUUUUGAAGAGUUGUCAAAUUUGGAAUCAAAGGGAUUGGACUGCCGUGGCCGUUUAUUUGUCAGUUCUAGAGCUCAUUUGGUUUUCGAUUUCCAUCAAAGAACUGACAAAUUGAAAGAAGCUGAAUUGUCUGAAAACAAGAAAUCCAUUGGUACUACAGGUAAAGGUAUCGGACCAACUUAUUCCACCAAGGCUUCAAGAUCUGGUAUUAGAGUUCAUCACUUGGUCAACCCUGACCCAAGAGCAUGGGACGAGUUCAAGACUAGAUACAUGAGAUUAGUUGAGUCGAGAAUGAAGAGGUAUGGUGAGUUUGACUAUGACUAUGAAAAGGAAUUGGCUAAGUAUGCCAAGUACAGAGAAGAAUUGAGACCAUUUGUUGUUGACACCGUUGAGUACAUGCACGAGGCUAUUGAAAAGAAAAAGAAAAUCUUGGUUGAAGGCGCCAACGCCUUGAUGUUGGAUAUUGAUUUCGGUACUUAUCCAUACGUUACUUCCUCGUCUACUGGUAUUGGUGGUGUGUUAACAGGAUUGGGUAUUCCACCAAAGACAAUUAGAAACAUUUACGGUGUUGUUAAAGCGUACACUACUAGAGUCGGUGAAGGUCCCUUCCCAACUGAACAAUUGAACUCUGUUGGUGAAACUUUACAAGAUGUGGGAGCGGAAUAUGGUGUCACCACUGGAAGAAAAAGAAGAUGUGGUUGGUUAGACUUGGUUGUGUUGAGGUACUCAACUUUGAUCAAUGGUUACACUUCAUUAAACAUCACCAAGUUGGAUGUUUUAGAUAAAUUUAAAGAAAUUCAAGUUGGUGUUGCUUACAAGUUGAAUGGUAAAGAAUUGAAAAGUUUCCCUGAAGAUUUGAUCGACUUGGGAAAUGUUGAAGUUGUUUACGAAACUUUACCAGGUUGGGAAACUGAUAUCACCAAGAUAAAGAAGUAUGAAGAUUUGCCUGAAAAUGCAAAGAAGUAUCUCAAAUUUAUUGAAGAUUAUCUUAAGGUCCCUAUUCAAUGGGUUGGUACUGGUCCAGCUAGAGAUUCGAUGUUGGUAAAAGAGCACUGA